AUGUCGCGAAUCAGGAGCACACUUGAUAGUGUCACCAAGGCAGUAGGCAGCACAGACCUCAUCUCCAAGUUCUCCCGGUUCAAGCCUGGCAGUGCCAAAGUCGACAGCACCCAUGCAGAAAAGGCUCUGGUCACAGCCGAGACCUUAACCUCAAACAACACAGCUACACCCUCACUACCUAAAGCCACCAUGGAAGAAGAAGAAGAAGAAGGCAAGAGGAUCACAGCCGUGGAAGAGUGCGACAUGCAACAGCAACAAGUUACCGAAAAUCCUUUUGUUGCCACAAAGAAAUCCACAUCAAGUUUAGCUUCAGCAGCGAAUGUAUCUGCAUCUAGCUCUUCCUCGACUUUGGCAAAACAAACUAUGCAGCUGUUUCACCCAGCAUCUCUGUCCACCAACAUGGAUGAGACCUACAAAACUCUGGCUCAACACAUCAAUAGUUACUUUAGCGCCAGCACACAAGAAGAAGAAGAAGAAGAAGAAGGAGACAGCAGGCCUCUGCAGCAGCACAGAGAAGCAAAUGAGCCUGUUUCUCAGCCCACUCUCAGCACCGUUGCUCGCACAACUAAGGAGCACGUUCCUAUGUUGUCCUUAGUGGCAGAGGCUAAAAGUAUUGAAGCACCCGCUACCUCUCCGUCCCCUCCCUGUACAUCAGAUAAGCUCAGUCCUCCAGCAGCAUCACCCUCCUCUGACAUCCCUGCAACUGAAACUUCAGCUCAGUCCAUCUCUGUGCCUGCUACCUCCCCUAAGAAAGGCUUCACCCACUAUCUUUCUUACCCUCGGCCCAGCGUUCAGGCAUUUGUCGGCAGCUACAUUGCACCCCUUGUCCCCAAAUUCAGAGGUGAUUCCAAAAGCAUUGCGGCUGAAAAAAGCAAGUCUUCAGCAGUAGCUGUGGAAGCGCCCACUGUGGACAAGGCAGGAAAGAAGACAGACAGUGACGAGGAGAAAAAGGAUAUAGUGAACCAACAGCUAUUGACUCAAAGAGAGAAGAUAACAGCCAGGGUGAGUUUAGACAACAGGACUAGAGCCCUGGUGAAAGGCUUGCAGAAAGUCACUGAUGUCAAGCUCCUCACCAGUCGAGUGGAGGAGCUCAUCCAUCACCUUCUGGAGUUCCCCGAGACGCGAGGUGUAGCUGUCAAGGAGAGUGCACUACCCUGUUUGCUGCGAUUGCGCCAGGCCAGAGACCUGCCUCUUCAGGGUGCUGUGAGAGAAGCUCUGGCCCUGAUUGGCUACACUGAACCAGUGAAAGGCAGAGGAAUUCGGGUCCUGGCCAUAGAUGGAGGUGGAACAAGGGGGCUGCUGGCCCUGCAGACUCUCCAUAAACUGCAGAACCUGACAGGUAAACGAGUCCACCAGCUGUUCGACUACAUCUGUGGAGUCAGUACAGGUGCUAUUUUGGCCUUCAUGUUGGGAAUUUUUCAGAUCCCCUUAGACGAGUGCGAGGAGAUGUACAGGAAGCUGGGUUCAGACGUCUUCAAACAGAAUGUUAUUGUUGGAACCGUAAAGAUGGGCUGGAGCCAUGCUUUCUAUGAUAGUGAAAUAUGGGAAAACAUACUAAAGGAACGUAUGGGUGAGAGGCGUAUGAUUGAGAGUGCUAGGGACCCACACUGCCCCAAAGUGUCAGCAGUGAGCACCAUUGUGAACAGGGGAUUACCUCUAAAGGCCUACACGUUUAGGAACUACAGACUCAUGCCAGGAGUGAGAUCCCACUACCUUGGAGACUGCAACCACAAAAUGUGGCAGGCUAUCAGGGCCUCGUCUGCCGCUCCAGGCUACUUCCAGGAAUUUGUCCUGGGAAAAGACCUCCAUCAGGAUGGGGGACUUCUGAUCAACAACCCCACAGCAUUGGCCAUCCAUGAGUGUAAGUGUCUGUGGCCUAACACACCACUGCAGUGUGUGUUGUCUCUGGGCACCGGGCGGUACGAGGCGGCGGGCAAGAACAGCACGACCUACACAAGCCUCAAGACCAAGCUCACCCACGUCAUCAGCAGUGCCACAGAUACCGAGGAGGUGCACACCAUGCUGGACCUGAACUUCCUCAAGGGCGAGGGGGAACGCUACCUGGAGCGCAACGAGGCCAAGCUGAGGAAGGUGGCCAGCGUGCUCAGCCAGGAGAAGAGCGCCAUCCAGAGACUGGCAGAGUGGGCCAAGCUCAAGGCCGAAAUGUACGAGGGCCUCCCCUUCCUCUCCAAGCUGUAG